GGGGGCGGAGGAGGAGGAGGAGGAGGAGGCGGAUCUGCCAGGGGCGGAGGCACCGGUCCUGGCGGCCUCAACGAAUUCGAGACCUACCAAGGUCAAGGUCAGAGAAGUGCCUUUCGUAUGGCCUCCAACCGGGGUCUGCCCCAGGAAGUGGAGACUAGCUUGGAGAGUGGCGCGGCCGAGAUGAGCAUAUCCUCCACAGCCAUGACCGUUCUGGGCAACGAGACCCUCGAUUUAGGCACGAUUCCAUCCACGAGAGAGAGCGGGGUCUGGGUCCAUGGAGAUCAUCACCAUUACACCAUGCCACCCACCUUCCCCAAUGGCUCUCUAGACCUGAAUUGGACCUUUCAGCAUGAGGGAGGCACGGGGGCCCCGUACGACCCCACCAUGGACAUCAUGCACGGCGUCAAGUCCACCAUUCUCAUUCUCAUCAUUGUGUUGGCCAUUUUCAGUAACCUGUUGGUGGUGAUCAGCGUGUUCCGCUACCACAAGCUUCGGCAUAUCAACAAUUACUUCCUCGUGUCCUUAGCAGUGGCCGAUCUGUUUGUGGCUUGUUUCGCCAUGACCUUCAAUGCCUCGGUGGAAAUUACGGGUCGUUGGAACUUUGGCUACCGGAUAUGUGAUCUCUGGAACUCGCUGGAUGUGCACUUCUCCACGGUGUCCACCUUGCAUCUUUGUUGUAUCAGUGUGGAUCGAUACUACGCCAUUGUCAAGCCUCUCAAGUAUACCUCGCACAUGACGGUGAAGGUCGCCUCCAUCAUGAUCGGCAUCGCCUGGAUCGCCCCCACGCUCAUCUCAUUUCUGCCCAUCUUCUUGGGGUGGUACACGACCAGUCAGCACCAGGAGUGGCGAAAGACCAACCCCCACGAGUGCAUAUUCCGGGUGAACAAGCCCUACGCUCUUCUCUCGUCGGCCCUGACGUUCUGGGUCCCGGUGGUGGUGAUGUUGUUCAUGUAUCACCGUAUCUACAAGGAGGCCUUGCGACAAAAAGAGGCCAUUCGACGCUCCUCCGUACCUAGUCAGCAACAUCUUAUUGUGGAUUCCGACCAGAUUCGCAACAGAUUCCAAGAGCUUCAGGCCAAUGGCUUCAAGGCAAGGAAUGGCAUCGCGAGUAUGCUUUCAGCCACGGCCAAUAAACUCGCCGUGCCUCAUAGUGCUUCGAGAUUGUCAGUCAGUAGUCAGGCCGGCGGCGGGGGCGGCGGGGGAGGAGCAGGAGGUGGUGGAGGCGGAGGCGGAGGCGGGGGAGCUGGCGACGGAACAGGGAACGGGGCCAGUGCCGGGGGCCACGGGGCCAAUGGCAGUAACACUCCCGCCUCACCCCUCAUGGGGGAGACUCGAACAACUUUGGCACCGCCCAAGAUCGUGCCCCCCACCACAGUGAUAACCAGUGAGGACGAAGAGAGUGCUCAACCUCUGCGUUCCAACGAAUGUGAAACACAAUUUGGCAGUGAUACCGUGACACGCGGCAGUCCCCAUCCGGUCAGAGGCAUGGGUGCGCCACGGGCAGCCUCCUCCGGGUCAAAUUCGUUGACCCCUCCAUCCCUGGCUGCACCUCUGAAUCCCAAUGGCCGCCGGAGGGUGUCCAUGGCCAAUAGCACCGCUUCGGAAGAAACAGAUAUUGGGAUCGACCGAGGCAGCCCUUAUGGCCUCUUGAACCCAGCCUACCCUCCCGGCGCCAUGUCGGUCGUGGGGGUAUGGACCUUGGGCCUUGGCCUUCUAGGAGACAAGAGUUUAAAUGAAUGGUCUGCCCAUCCGGCCUCCUCCGCGUCGUCGUCGGGCGUGAGAGGAGGCGUUCCAGCCAUCACUGUGACCAGCAGUUUGAGACCUUCGCAAUCCUUCCAUUCCGCUCUGAAACCCCCGGAGCAGAACAUAAGUCCCAAAAAGCGGGUUCGACUCGCUUCGAGCUCGUUCAGGCGGGGAAGCAGCGGGGAUUAUCCCCGGCGAAGGCAGUCUUCGGACGAGUCCGAUGAGUCCUCCAAUAACAAUGACAGUGAUGGGAAUUCGCUCCUUCCAACUUACCAUGACCUCUUCAGCCAAAGAAGGACACUCCAGAAUCAAAGAUCCCCGUCCGUGAUGGGGGUCCUGGGGGCUCAAACCACUCAGUGGCUUCGUGAGCGACAUCGGAUCCACACAUCAUGGCGCAAGGAACACAAGGCCUUCGUAACGUUAGGCAUUGUGAUGGGGGCCUUUCUCAUUUGCUGGCUGCCCUUCUUCACCUGGUACCUGACCGUGACGAUCUGUGGCGAGGAGCACUGUCCUUGUCCAGAUGUGGUGGUGUCCAUCCUCUUCUGGAUCGGUUACUUCAACUCCACCCUGAACCCCGUAAUCUAUGUGAUGACCAACAGAGAUUUCAAGGACGCCUUCACGGACAUCCUCCGGAGGAUCUUCUGCUUCUGUUGCUCCAGCAACGAUGGCAUGGGCCGAUCGGAGUGGGGCAUCCAGAAUCAUUCAAAUACCUUCAACAACACUUUUUAAUAUCUCGUGAGCGGUGGUGACUCAAUCGGUGGAUGCAAUUCUGGCCAAUCGGAAGAUGGUCGUAUCGAACCCAACCACGACAAGUGCAACGGUGGCGAUAACUUUGAUGAUGAUAAUGAUAACAAUACUUUUAACUACAUGCAUAUGUUGAAGUGCUGUGAUUGUGACGGCUAGAUCAAAAAAAUACAAUAAUGCCAAUAUUAAUGCUACCAGGUGCGAUGGAUUAUAUACCCAAUGUACUCAAGUGAAAUGAGAUACUAUUUCCAACCCAUUGAAGGACACAAGUUUCAGGAGUAAGCUUUUGACUUACAAGGAAUUUUGAAGGAAUUCGAAUAUAGUUC